AUGGCCGGUCGGCCCGCCGAUCAAAUCCGACGUCACAAUCUGCAUACCUCAAAUCCGACCAGUUACUUCAGGGUACCCUACAAGAGACCGGGCCCGAUGGACUCGAAGCACUCGAUCAUAUCAUCAUCAAAAUCAACAACUCUCGCUGCUUUGGCGUCCCGCCCGAUCCUUGGUUGCUUCAUGAUCAAUUUGAUGAGUUUCACAGCGUUUGUAAAAGUCAUAUUCGAUCGAAUAAUCUUCAGAAACCGACAACCGGGCCCCCAACACAAAACAAAGAAGGACUCCUUCAAUCUCAUGGACGUUUGA